UGCUUGCCCAAUUAGACACUACCGCCGCUCGGCUGCAGCCAAUGUCCGCCAGUCAGGCUCCUUAACAAUCAGGAUAAACACAACACAAGCAUCCUGCGCACUCACUGUGCUUUUUUGUGUGUCCCAUUGUCUUGAGACGUAGCGACACGCAGCUGUCCUCCAGCGCAUAAAAGAUGGGUAAGGAUCCAAAGAAGCCCCGGGGCAAGAUGUCCUCCUACGCCUACUUUGUGCAAACAUGCCGAGAGGAGCACAAGAAGAAGCAUCCCGAGGCCAGCGUCAACUUUGCGGAGUUCUCCAAGAAAUGCUCAGAGCGAUGGAAGACAAUGUCCCCGAAAGAGAAAGGCAAAUUUGAAGAUAUGGCCAAGCAGGACAAGGUGCGCUACGAGGCAGAGAUGAAGAACUAUAUUCCGCCUAAGGGACAGAAGAUGAAGCGGUUUAAGGACCCCAACGCCCCUAAGAGACCUCCGUCCGCGUUCUUCCUCUUUUGCGGGGACUUUCGCCCCAAGGUGAAGGGCGAGACUCCGGGGCUGUCCAUCGGCGACACGGCGAAGAAGUUGGGAGAGAUGUGGAACGGCUCGUCCAUGGAGGAAAAGCAGCCGUACGAGAAGAAGGCGGCCAAGUUGAAGGAGAAGUACGACAAGGACAUCAUGGCCUACCGCACAAAGGGCAAAGUAGACUCCAGCUCCGCUCCGGCGGCGGCAGUAGCGACGGCAGCGGCAGAUGACGACGACGAGGACGAUGAUGAGGGAGAGGAUGAGGACGAGGAUGACGAGGAUGACGAGUAGUACGCGUGGAGGCAGGAACGGGUGGUGGGACCUGUGUUUUGUCGAUACCAUAUAACCAACCACAAUGUACUCCAGCCACCAUGUUGACGUCAAUAAUGUGUAUAUUUAAUGUUUUUACGAUGUACUGUACAGUGUUAAAAAAAAAAAAAGACAAAACGCCACAUAUCUUCCCUUUUGGGACUUUUCUGGUGGUCCUUCUUUAUCGCUGGCGGCCUCCUUCAGCAGGACGGUAUUUAAGUCUUUAGGUGUUGCGACUCAAAAAUGAGAUUUCUGAGUUGGUUGUAUUGUAUUGUUUUUUUUAUUUUGUCAUUCUUUUUCCACGUGCCAUCCCAGUAUUUUUAUUGUCCUUUUCAAUACUACUCUAAUAUGAAGUGCAGCUGUCGACAUUCAAGAAUGUCCUACUUAAUUAAAUAAAUGUUCUUCUGUU